AUGGCUAACAAUCCCAUGUGCCAAAUCUGUGGGGAGUUCCCUGAAACUACUGAGCACAGCCUUAUCCUUUGUCCAUGGGCAUUAGCGGUAUGGUUUGGUAGCUCAACAGGAUACAUUCCAGAGAAACAAAAAAUCACAACUUUGGAAGCAUGGAUCUUGGAGAUUCAGAAAAAGUCCUCCCUCCUCUCUGACAAUUCGGAGUAUGUGAUGCAAUGUGUGUUCUUCCAUCUAUGGGGUAUAUGGAAACACAGAUGUGAUGUUGUCAUGAGGCAUGGUACGCCCAAUCCCAGGACUGCGAUCGAGUGCAUUAACAGAAGCCUUGGCGAGUGGCUGAAUGCGUCUGGCUUGCUGGAUAGAACUUCCCCUCCAGAAACGAUCCCGAGCCCCAUUCCUACUUGGCAGCCUCCCAUCUUUCCUUCUGUUAAAGUGAAUGUGGAUGGAGCUUGGGAUAAUGUCACUCACAAAAGUGGUAUUGGGGUUAUAGUAAGGAAUCAUCGAGGCAACUCAAUUGCAGGUGCCAGUAUCCUCGGUAAUCACAAUUCACCCAUUGAAGUUGAGGCAGAUGCAGUGGUAAAGGGCCUUCAACUAGCUGCGUUCCUAAAGAUCCAGAAUAUUAUCAUAGAAGGCGAUUGCCAGGAGCUCUUCCAUGCUCUCAAUAAUCCUUCUUCCUCUCCAAAUUGGAGGAUUUCACACAUGUUGAGCAAAGUGUUUCAUUUGAAGACUCUUUUUACCGGGAUCAAAUUCCAUUGGGUCCCUCGUGAAGCAAACCGUGUUGCGGAUGCAGCGGCUAAGCUUGCCAAGAGGAGGUUGUGCUCUCAGGACUGGGCCAACAGGCCCCCUACCUCCUUGAUUUCUAUUCUGAGAAGUGAUGGCCUUCCAGGGCCCCCUGUAGUUUAA